ACCAAACCAGGCGCCAAUCCAAAAUAGGGAGCUGGAGCGAGACGACGAGACCUAGCGUGCGUUUCCGAUUUCGAAGGCGUCAUCAACGCUUCAGUCGAUUUCUAUGGAAACUCCAAAGGACUUCCACUUCUCCAGAAGCCAACGCACCGAUAAUCAGUGAAUCGGAACCGAAAGUUAGAGCUGAAAUUGAUUUCUGAGUCGCCGAAAGUUUCUGAAUUUCUUUGUGAAUCGACGGAAGUUGAAGUUUCAGUCUUUCAGAAUCGAGCUAGAGACGUAAUUGAUUUCUGAAUGUGAAUAUGUGUAUGAGCUAUUGAAGCCUUGAUUCCAACUCUUAGCAGUGUCAACUUCUAAACUAUCAUCUUGUAACUUUGUUAUAAGUUAUAACCACAACAUUCAGAGUUAGUAGUCAGCCAUGGCUGAUUUUUUAACAUCCACUCACCGAGCCAAGUGGAUCUUCACUCCACAAGAUUUGAAAGAAAAAUACAAAGCUGCAAAUCAUAGAGCAAAACAGAUGCUGGAGAAGUAUGGAUCAACAAGGGUGGAUGUUGAUCUUGAUGGCUCCUUGUCAUAUCCAGAGCUUCAAACUGACCCAAAAGACAAUGGUGAGAAGCAUUCACGUUCAAAACCACUUAAAAUAGACGAAGAACAACUUUUACGUGCAUUUUAUGAGUUCAAAAUUCAAGAUGUAUGUGAUGCCUUCAAAUUCCCUAGGAAAAUACAGGCGACAGCUCUUAUAUAUUUUAAAAGAUUCUAUCUGCAAUGGUCAGUGAUGGAACAUCAUCCAAAAGACAUCAUGUUGACUUGCAUAUAUACGGCAUGUAAAGCGGAAGAAAAUCAUGUGUCAGCUGAAGAGCUUGGUAAGGGGAUUGAUCAAGAUCAUCAAGUCAUUCUCAAUAAUGAGAUGCUUGUUCUUCAGUCUCUUGGAUUUGAUCUUAUUGUCUAUUCGCCAUACCGUUCAAUUGACGGUUUUAUUGAUGAUAUGGAGGAUUUUAUCUAUUCAAACAAUGGUCAACUUCAACAUCUGAAGGAUUUACAUGAGACAGCAAAAAUGGUUGCAGAUAGAAUGAUGCGUUCAGAGGCACCUCUUUUAUUUUCUCCUGGACAGCUUGCAUUGGCUGCUUUGCGUAGAUCAAAUGAGGAGCAUCAAGUUGUUGACUUUGAAAGAUAUUUGAAUAACACGCUUUCUCGUCAGCAUCCAGCACGACCUGUUUCUGAACUCACAGUUUAUCUUAAUGCUAUUGACCAGCUGGUGAAUAAUCUUGUGACACCUACUGCUGCUGAUAUGAAACACAUUGAUCGGAAGCUGAAAUAUUGUCGGGAUCCAGGCUCUCAUGAAAAGAGUAAGAAACGAAAGCAUAGGUCAAAAGAUGGAGAAUUCUGGUGCAGAAAAGGUAUGGUGGUUUUGGUGUUUGCCUGGUCUGGAUACGGGCAUAUCUUCUUAUUAGCAGUAUUGGGGCUAAAUGUUAUUAGACAGAUUGGCAAUUGGCUUGUUUUUAUCCAGCAAUUUGAAAGAAUUAUAUGAACAGAUGUUUGAUAAUAACAAGUUUUUAUUCUAUGAUUGCAAAAAUUUUAAAUUCAU